CUUCUGACGUAUUUCCUGUUGUGCUCACUGUAUGUGACCCCCAGCUACAAGAGAGACAAGCCAGCUCUUCUACUCCUAAUUUCUCAAACCGUCUAGGGUCAUCGCCCUAUCUAUGUGUGAUCCCUGAUGGGCAGCUGGUCUCGCGGUGCUGUGCUGGAGCUGUACAGGGCGCUGCUCCGUGCAGGGCGUCACCUUCAGUACACCGACCGAAACUACUACCGCCGGGCCGUGACCCGUGAGUUUCGGCGUUGCCAGGCCCUGACUGUACCCGAGGAUAAGGAGGAAGCGCUGAAGAGGGGCCAGUUUUUUCUCAGCAGCAGGCUGGGUGGGCUUAUGUAGGGUUGGGGAAGGACCGUCUGGAGCUGCAUCAGGGAGGUCGUCGUCUUUCAGCAGUAAGAUGGCUGGGGUAAAUGGAGACCGUAAGGGGAAAAAGGACGACAACGGGAUCGGAACCGCUAUCGACUUCAUGCUUUCCAAUGCCAAGCUAGUGCUGGGGGUGGGCGGGGCAGCCAUGCUUGGUAUUGCAACACUAGCAGUUAAAAGAAUGUAUGAUCGCACGAUAAGUGCUCCCACCAGCCCCACUAAGAUGCAGCAGGCAGGAAAGAGAAGCUGGGAGGAGCCUGCGUGGGUGGGGUCAUCACCGCGGGUACUAAACCAUGACAUGAAGUCCACAGUUAGCAGGUCACUCCAGUCUCUGCCCACCUCCUCACAUUCUUUUGAACCAGACUGUCUGCGGAGAGCCGUCGGCCGCUCCACACUGGGAGGAGGUGGGGCCUCCCAGUCCAGCCUGAUGCGCGCCAGGAUGCACCUCUCCCUGCAGGAACAUCUGUGGGAGUUCUACCAAACCAGGGUCAACAUCCCUUCUGAGGAGCAGGCCACAGCCAGAAGGGCGGCGUUGGACAUCUGCGCUGAGCUCCGGGUCUUUCUUCACGCCAAGCUACCCGACAUGCCGCUCAGAGAGAUGUACCUCAGCGGCAGUCUGUACGACGACCUUCAGGUGGUGACCGCUGACCACGCUCAGCUCAUGGUGCCUCUCAUCUUGGAAAAGAAUCUGUGGUCAUCCAUUCCAGGGGAGGACACUAUCAUGAACGUCCCAGGGUUCUGGCUUGUCCGCCGGGAGAACCUUGAGUACUUCCCUCGAGGCAGCAGCUACUGGGACCGCUGCAUGGUCGGCGGUUACCUUUCCCCCAAAGCGGUCCUGGAGGUCUUCGACAAGCUUGUCACAGGCUCCAUCAACUGGCCGGCUAUAGGGAGCGUGCUGGACUACAUAAUCCGCCCUGUUGUUUCCUCUGAGACGCUGACCCUGGAAGUCCAGUACGAGACGGACCGGAGGCUGUAUGUGGACUUUUUACCUCUGCUGGUGAUGGAGGAGGGAACCUCGCUGAUUGCUAAACCGCACCGUCUGUCCGCCGAGCGCAACAAGAACCUGUGGCGGCAGAGCUUCCGCGUGGCUGAAACGGCGCGGCUCAGGGCACUGGAUCAGGAGGACGGGGGCUGCAGGUGCACCUGCCUCAAGGUGGCGAAGGCGGUGUGCAAACUCAACCCCGCCCUCCAACGGCUCAACUCCAGCCAGCUCACCAACACCAUCCUGCUGCUGAGCGAGAAGGAAGGCGACUGGACGCAUGACGCGCUGGCGGACCGCUUCCUCCAGCUGCUGCGAGCGCUGGUGGGACACCUAGAGGCCGGGAGGCUACCGUGCGCACUCAGUCCCAAAGUUAAUUUAUUCUGUGAGCUGACUGAACAGGAAGUAGACGAGUUGGGGUAUACUCUCUACUGCGCCCUCUCAGAUCCAGAGGGGCUGCUGAGAACUGCAGUGGAGCAGCCAUAAACUCAUUCUAGUAAAAUGCCAACCUUUUUUUUCCUCUCUCUGGGGGUUAAAUAUUCAUCAGUCGAUUGAGGCUCCAGGAGAAAAAAAACCUGCAUGGAAAAGUCACUUCUUUUUGUUUUUAUCACUUCUAAGAACAUCAGUGAGUAACAGUGACGCAGUAGCAGACUGUUUCACCUCAUGGCUGUGUCCUUUGUUGUUCAGAUAUCCUCAGCUCAGUGGAAGGAUUCCAUAAAGCCAUUGUAUUAAUGAAGUUUAGCUUGUUGUUCUCUAUGGAGUUCAGGCAGAUGAAACUCGUAGGGCUCUACUAUUCAUUACGAAGAUAAACGCACCAAAUCAGCUUUAUCUUACCCCCAUUCUGAGAAGCAGGUCUAUUUAAAGAAGUCCACAGUUACUAAGCCUCCUGUCUGUUUUUAAUCUAGGCUCAUAAGACUGAAUAUCAUGUUGAAUUGUGUUUGUGCCGGUCCAAGAUGUAAUAAAAUUGCUAAUCUGCCUUAAGGAGUCAGCAUUCUGUAACUUAAGAUGUGUGUUUUGCGGAUGUUACUCUUGGGUUUUUAAAAAUAUUUCACGAAGAUGAGCCCAACAAAAAGGAAAUAUAACUUUCAUUAAUACAGUGGCUUAUGUCCUUGUUACAUUAUUUUGUGUUAAAGUCCCUGGCAAAAGUAUUCAACACAAAAUAGGUCAUAAUCUUAAAAGUGUGGCAUGCCCAAUUUACUCCUCACAUAAAAUCCAGUGCAACCGGUUGCCUUCAGAAUAAACACUUUUAAUUGAAUAUGUUUUUUUUUUAAUGAUUAAAUAACUUUUGAAAACAGUUUGAAAUUAAUUUUAUUGUGUGGUGAUAAAACAAAUGUGGCUAAACAGAAAUUUGGUCAAGACCUUAUAAAACCCUUACCUCAUUUUUGCACCACUUUUUCUUCGUUCAUCCGAUGUUCAGAUGUUUUCUGGAGCAACGGGAUGAAAUGGAGGGUUUGGGUGCUGAGUGGAAUGUUUAGCACGGCGCUGCAUGCUAACAGUGUUUUUAAUGUCUUUAAUGGCUUAGCUUGAAUGGGUUAAACCUGCAACUUAGAGAGUGUUUAUUUCUGUUUGCAAAAUGUUCAGAUUUAGUAGAUUCAGUAAUGGGGACAGAGAUGGUCGCUGAUCGUUUACAGUAGUAGCCAUUCAAAAUUUCCCCACUUUUGUUGACUGGUCCUUGGCUGGGCCCUUAUAAUUCCUUUUUAAACAUCUAAAAUAUUCUUUCUGUCAUGAUUUGUGAACAUUAAGAUGUAAAGCGAAAGAUCAUCUCCUCAGACCCUAUAAUUCAAUGAAAGGGUGGAGUCAGAGUAAAAACGUGCACUCCCAUGAGAAGGCCACUAGCUUGAAGUUGGAGGGUAUUUUGCUGCCAUUCGCCUGUCUUUUGACUGGGCAGGGCCAUUUUGAAUGGCUGCUCCUGUAGAAACUACUUUAAAACAGUUUCUAGUUGGGACAGGGUGCCUGGAAAAUGCUUUAAGCUCCUCAGUUCCUGUGUUGUUUAAAAGGAUUCUCAGUAUGCAUCCUCCUGAGGGGGUCUGAAUCUUUGUAGCAUUCUUUUUAGAAUCAGAAGACAUUUUUAACUUUUGCAUCACAUAUUCAAAUAGGUUGCAGAGGGAUGUCCAGUUUUCCUUCCUGUAAACCCCACAGGUUGUUGUUAAAGCGCUCUUUUUAUAUGUUCCACAUCUAGAUGCAGAUUAACUUAAAUGAUCCAGACUGUUUGUGUUAAGUAGCCAAACAGGGAUUGGAUUAGUCCGUCACUGAGGCUGGAAGGAGCAGCGUUGUCUGGGAUCCAUUAUUAACUCGUAGUCAAGCCUGUCUGAUCUUCUGGUUGGACAAUAGCUUCUAGGUGCUAAUCUUAGCUCAAGAUCAGGAUCUUAAUGCCGGUAUGCAGUUACAGCGUCUCGCAAAAGUAUUCUUCAUGAACUCUUCAACUAUUUGUUGCAUAACUUGCAGAUAUGCAAGUUGGAAGGAAAUGAUCUGUAUUGUUUUAAAAUAUUUGCACAGGGUACAAGUUAUAUUUUUAUGUUCAUAAUCCAUUAUUUACCAUAGUAAAAUAGAUUGUUACCACUGUAUACUAUUCUCAAAGUUAUAGUAUGAGCUUCUCCCUCAAACUGUACAAUCCCCAUACUUGGAUAAGCUGUUUAGCAAUCUACAUCAACUCAAAAGAACAUAGAUAUGUGAAGUCUAGACUGGUUCAUGGUUUAUUAAUCUGGAUGUCCAGAUUCCACUCUUGAAAAUUCAGAGUAACAUGUCAGCUUUUGUUUUUUAUUCUCUUUGGUGCCAUAACUGGUUCCAAUUAAUGAGUCACAGGUGAUGAUGGACCUUUGGUUUGAUUUCUUGUGGAUUUGAUAUAAGAAUGUUUUAUUUUCUAUCUUUAAGAUCAUGGAAUAAGUAAGAAAGUGAAGAAAAUUAAACAUUUUUCUGUUUUCUUAUUUAUUUCCAAGGCUUUGAAAAGUAUGAUACUCAUUUCCAGACAGCAUAGAACCCCUGAUGUAAACUUUUAACCUGCUGGGUGAGUUACAGCUACUUGUAUUUUGAGCUGUCAACUAGCUUUGCACGUUCCCUUUACAAGGUAGCUUAAACUCUGCCAGGUUGGCUCCAUCCGUUAGCUCUCUGCAGCUCCACUAUCCAUGCAAAAUAAAAGCAUGCCCACAGCAUAAUACUGCCAGUAGGAGCUGGUAUGUCCAGGGCCAAAUAAUAAAAGUCAAAUUAACAAUUUCACCUGAGCUUUGGAACUCUGUAGCUCCCCCAGAAGCACCAUGGGCCCUCUACCUUCCCACCAGUAUUAGUGAUAUUUUAUAUAUAAGACCAUUUUUUUAUUAGUUUCUUAUUCUAUGGAAUUUGGAGCUGUUUUUAAGGUUGUGAUCAUAGAAUGAGAUGGGAAAGUAAAAUGCGGUAUUAAUACUUUUGUAAGGAUGAGUUUAAUUGGCCAAAGAUGCUGUUUAUUUGCUCAGAAAUCUGAGCUUGAUUGGUUUCCAGUCCAUAGGUUCAAAAGGAAUUAAAGUGAGGAAAAGAGGAAAAGAAAACAGCCUGAUUGAAGAGUAGAAUCAGUUCUCCGGUCAUUCCUCAACAUCAUGUUUUCACUCUUACCCUUAGAAUAAAAAAAGUUCAAUCGCCGCCUCUUUCACCUCCAAUGUCUAUAAAAUGUACAUUUAGGGAUUUAUUUAAUCAUGAAAGUGAAUAUUUUUGUAUUGAUUAUGCAUUUGUAACCAAAAAGAGCAGAAUAUUUAUUUUCACUGAUGCAAAUGAACAAAGUGUCCAUAUCUGUGCAUCAUGAAGUGCUUUUGGUCUGAGUGUAGUUUUCUGUGCAAACAGUCUUCCUUUGCAUACUAAUUUAUGCUGUAUGUUACUACUGUGCAAAAGUGAGGUGUCACUGUGCCACAUCUGUAAUGUCCUAGAAUAAAACCCCAGACAGACAGGUGGCUUCUUCUGUGUGAAGGGUAUUCUAGCCUAUGCUGUGAUGCAUGUACCCCAGAAACCAUUUUUUUUAAAACAGUUUAGGAGUUAAAACAUUGGAGCACUUUGAAUACUUCGAUAAAUGUUGAAAGGCUGUCAUGUAUGAUCUGUGUGUUUGUGUAAAAAUCUGCUUUGAAAUCAGUUUAAUAAACACAGAAAACCAUGAAA